CCCCCUGGGGAGCGGACUUGCCAAGAUGCUCCACCGAAUGCCCCAUCACCGGAUCCCCCAAACUGGCCUACCAACCCGACAAGACCUACGCCUACGCCUACUCCGGCAAGUCCAGAGUCCAUCUUAAGGGCGUGGACAACGGCGACUCUGAGAUCGAGUGGACGGCAGGAGUUGAUCUCACCUGGAUCAGCCCUUGCGACAUGGCCAUCUCCUUCAGGAACACCAAGAUGGAUGGCGCCCGAGGUCCCACCGCUGCCACUACGCUGGAGAGACAUCCACUGGUGGUGGCCGUUGUCGACGGGAGGGUGCAGCACGUGUGCGCUCACCCAGAGGACGAACCAUGGGCCAUCAACCUGAAAAAGGGCGUUGCUUCAGCUUUCCAGAACUCCAUCCCUUCUCUGUCUGUUGUCAGCUCAGGCAUCACAGUAACUGAGACCGAUGUUGUCGGAAAGUGCCCGACAAAGUAUGAAAUUGAGACCGAAGGAGAGAAGGUCAUUGUGGUCAAGGAGAAGAACCACCGCCACUGUCAAGAACGGUACCCAACACCUGCUGAAACACCUGCACCAUGGCUGAAGGCUCCCCUGCCAAUCGAGGAAUCCAAGUCGCAGUGCAGGCAGGAAAUCGCCAAUGGCAUUUACACUGCCAUUACGUGUCAGGACAAGAACAUCGUUCGACCUGCCAUUGGAAUCUACAAGUACGUGGAGGCCAGUCAGGAUUCAACACUUCGCUUCAUCUCCGAGUCCUCCGACACUUCAGCCAUCAGUGGCAUCCAUUCAGGAGAAGUGCACAUUGAAAGCCUGUUGUACAACCAUGAAACAAUGAAGGACCCACAGCUGGCACCUGAGCUGGAUGAGCUCAUGAAGGAGAUCUGUGCCAAGACCAAGGACACAGUUGAGGCUGAAGCUGCUGCUUUGGUUGCUAAGGCUCUCCAUGUGUUACGUCGCGUUCCUGAGACAGUUGUGGUGGAGACUGCACAGAAAGUGAGACAAGGACAUUACUGCAGUGACUCUGCCAGGCUGGAGAGCAUCUUCUUGGACGCAGUUGCUUUCCUCCACGAGUCUGGUGCAGUAAAGGUCAUGGUCCACGAAAUCGAGAAUGGACGAGCAACAGGGGGACGUCUCGCUCUGUACACGGCAGCGCUCUACCUCACCCCACGACCCAAUAUUGAGGCAGUCAAGGCCCUCACGCCUCUGUUUGAAAGCCCUCACCCAAUGCCCUCAUUGCUGCUGGCAGCUGCUUCCAUGGUAAACAACUACUGCCGCCAUACUCCAGCUUGUUAUGAGAAAGCUCCAGUUGCAAGAAUUGCCGAGAUACUGGCCACUAGAGUCCAAAGUCACUGUUCUCCUUCUGCUGGUGCUGAGGACAAGGAAGUAGCCCUUGCAAUUUUCAAGGCAAUAGGGAAUAUGGGUGUAGCUACACCUGCCGUCACAAGGGCAGCCGUUCAGUGCAUUGAGGAAGAAGGACUGGAAAUCGGCGUUCGGGUAGCUGCAGCACAAGCCUUCAGACAAGCCAACUGCUUCCGUCCAGCAGUUGAGAAGCUAGUUGACAUUGCCGUCCGACCAGCCUUUGAGACCGAAGUUCGCAUCACUUCCUAUCUGGCUGCUAUUCGAUGUGCUGAACAGGAACACCUGGAAACAAUUAUUGAAAAAAUUUCAAAGGAAGAGAAUACCCAAGUGCGUGGAUUCGUUUGGGUUCACCUGAUCAACAUCCGUCUACCCUGCCGCCCCCACGAAAAUCUCAGGUACCUCCUUGCCAACGUUGUCAUCCCUACCGACUUCGAGAGGGACUUCAGGAAAUUCUCUCGAAAUAUAGAUGUGGCUUACCAUGCCCCUGCCUUUGGCAUGGGUGCCGGCCUCGAAUCGAACAUUAUCUAUGCUCCUGGAUCUUUCAUUACUAGUGCUUUAACCUGAAAAAUGAAAACAGAUGUGGAUGAGAUGCACAGGAAUAGCAGGAGAUGGUGCCGUGCUUGAGGAAUUGAUUCCAUCAUUGAAGAACUCUUGGGCCCACAGGGAUACCUACACAGAGCAACAUUUGGCAAGAUUAUGGAGGACAUUACAGGUUUUGCAGGAGAGAAAGGCCUCAAGGUCAUGGAGCACAUCAAGCACACUCUGAGGACCAGGCGUUCCAUCGAUUCUUCUGUCAUCUCGGACUUCUUUGGCAAACUGUAUGGUGAGGGCAGAUCACAUGUCCACGCCGAUCUAUUCGCCCGAUUCAUGGGACACGAGAUUACUUACGCAGAUGUUGCCGAAAGCCUCAAAGGCGUCACAGCUGACACACUCAUUGAGACCUUCUUCUCUUUCUUUGAGAAAUUUCUUUUGGAGCAUAUGAAGGAUCUCAACCUGAACACAGCAAGAACUGCUCAGCUUUCCAUGGAUUAUUCACUGCCGACCAUUCAGGGCACACCACUCAGACUGAAAUUAGCUGGAACUGCUGUUGCUGGCGUGAAGAUGGAAGGCAACGUCAACAUUGGCCAGAUCCUCUCCGACCUCGGCAAUUCCCAGACCGGCAUUAAAUUCUUCCCAGGCCUUUCUGUACAAGCCACUGGUUUUGUUGGCUUUGCAUGCGGCUUUACCAGGGUGGGAAUCGAGAUGCAGAACACCAUCUCUAGUGCCACUGGAGCUGCCAUCAAAAUCAGAACAACUGAAAACAAGAAGAUCGAGAUGGAACUGGAGAUCCCUGAGAGGAUGGAGCUACUCAACAUCAAGGCUGAGACUUACCUUGUCAAAGCUGUGGGAAAGAAGAUAACUAAGAUUUCUCCUUCCUCCAUGAGAGAUGUCAGGAUUCAGCGCAACUCCUGCAUUGGUGCUUUGGAACCAGUAUUUGGCCUCAAGGUGUGCUAUGACAUGAACAUUCCUGAUGUCUUCCGUGCUAGUGCCCUGCCACUUGGUGAACCAGCCAUCGCCAAGCUGUAUGUUGAGAAGGCAGAUCCUUCCAUGAGAGGGUACUUAGUGACUGCUGCCAUCAAGAACAAGAGAGGUAACAAGGUCAUUAAGAUGAAUGUAGAAGCAGCUGGUGCCUCAACACCAAGAAGAGCAGAAAUGACCCUUUCGUACACCCAUCCUACAAGGGAAACCACCAUUGUUUCUGCCAAACAUUGAGUUUCUCCAGCAUUGCUUGCAGGAGGUGGGACCAUCUCCAACGAGCAAGGACACAAGGCAGUAGAGACUUAUGUCAACUUCAAUUAUGGUCAGAUUGCUAUUUCUCGUGGCAUUAAGCUGGAUGUGAUUGCAAGGGAAGGAAGUGUGGGAGAAGAGUUCCAAGUUAAUGUGUUCAGCAGUGGCACCAGGCGUUUCCCCUCUGAAUCGCACAUUGUGGAGGCUAAAUUCAUCAAGAAAACUAGUGGACCUGUUGUUAAUGUAGAUGUGAUUUGCAGGACCAAAAAUGUUCUAGCUCAGUACUUCAACCUAAAUAUUGAAGUUGGAGCUGACCUCAUGGAGUUCUCCUCUGAGGACACAUACAGGACCAGGUAUAUUCCCAAGUUCCCGCAUCUUUUCCCUAUAACUUUGCAGAUGGAAGUGCACGCUGGAGACUGGAGCUGGAAACUGGCAUAUACAUCCGUUGAAGGCAGCCAUUCUGGUGAAACUGCGAGACUUUCUGCACUCAGGCUAACAAAGUGAAGGAAAGCUAUCAUCUUCGUGGAGCCAAUCAUAGGAUUUGAAGGAGCUUUUCCAAAAACAUCCAUCAUCAAAAUGGAAAGUACAGUUGAAAUUGGCAGAUCAGCAUACAAAGCAAGCUAUGAUGUAAUCUACCAGGCUGAAAGGUAGGGGCUUCCAUGGAAGUCGUUACGCACAGGAGACAACGAGAGUGCUAAAAUGGAAGCAAUCUAUCAACAUUCAGGAGCAGAACACAGCACUAAUCUUGGUUCUUACGUUUCUUUCAUCAGCUGAAGGUCAAAGUACAUGAAACCACUCAAGAUUCAGGCCAAUGGAGAAGAAAACAGAGGGUCAAUAAUGCUGGAAGCAGCCACAAAAUAUGAGUCAGAGAUGAUACUUGAAGCUAAGGGACCAAUCAUGGCACGUCUUGCCUCCAAAUUGCCUAAGCUGCAAGCUAACAUCAAGCUCAAUGGCAUUGGCGUGGAACCCUACAUCAUUGGUCGCCAAUGUGUGCUUGCAACAAGAAAAAGGUGAUAGCCUGGAAAUCAAAGUGAGAAGAGCCAUAUAUUUGGUCUAGAAUGGAAGAUGUGGUCCAAGAAGUUCUGAGAAGACAAUGUUGGCCAUAGCAUUUGUUCUCCCUGCCCUUAUGAGAACGAGAUGGAUGUUAUCAUAUGGGGGAAUUGUCCAUGUAACUUCAACAAUGGUGUCUGCCCAAGACCUCAAUCCCGCCGUCGGGUCAAGGAUUCGCCCCCCCCGACGGUCAACAUUGCAGAGAAAAGAGCAAAAGUGGAAUUACUUUGGGAUGCGGAUACUGCUCCUGGAAAGAAGUUGCAUUGUGAUGCAAGGUCUGAUCAGAGUCCUGUCAACUGGACAGCUGAGAUCAGUAACGGGAACAUUGUCAUUGCUGGAGAGCCUUACCACGCCAAACUGGUUCUGACUGCCGCCAAUCUGGUAGAUCAUAUGGAAGGGGAAAAUGGAUUCAAGUUGAUCUGAACAACUCCUGACCAGAAGACGAUUGUCUUGGGAGCCUCUGUGAUGUCCAGCUGCAGGAGACCACGCCUUAUCAUGUCCACUUUCGAAUACAAAAACAUGAAGGAUAGGAAAUACAAAAUAGGCAAGUGUGAUUGCCUUGGAGAGCUUGGUGCCCACAUAUAUGCAGUAGAAGACAAGGUAAUUACAAAACACUGGACAGCAGAAAUUAAAGCAGAGAAAACAGCAGCAACACAUCACGGACACAGAAGGAACAGGUUGUGGGCAUUCAGGGUAGAGGCUGAUGCUCAGUUACUCGAAGACACCUGCCACGAUGCAUUCUCCAUUCACAAUGCACCAAAUGCAUUUGUUGGAUUCGCAAAAUCGAAAGGUAAAGCUCGUUCCACUGUGUUUGAAUGGAAUGUGCAGAUUACUCAAGAGGAGGAAUUGAAGCUGUUGAAGCUGAGUUUUGGUUUUAUACAUGUCAAAGCCAUCCUGAAAGUUCUGAAUGUUCAUGCCGUUGCUACUCUCGAGAAGAAAGUUAUGCAACUUAUGGUCCACAGAAUCUCCAUACCAGGACCGUUUCAAAGGCCAUCACCCACCACUUACACCAUGCAGCGGACUCCAACCCGCACCAUGGAAGGAAGAGCUAAACGAUCACCAAGAUCUGGAAAUCAAGUCUCCAAUAAGGGCAAAACUGAAUCCAGAUACGAAAUUGGAUACAAGGCCAACCACGAGGGAAGGUGGGGACGACAUGCGUCCAAGUUGGAAGUCAGAAUGAACCAUCCAGUGCUUACUAGGCCCAUCAUGCGCCGUGGCAUACACUGAGCCGAAGAAACAACGAAGGGGACAAAUUGAACGGAUAUUCUCCCAGAAGAAGCGGAUAAUACUGGUCACAUGGAACCUCAUAGAGUUUAGAAAAUUGCUAUCAGAGCAGAAGCCUUCUGACGGAGGGUAAAUGUUGAAAGUGAACCUAAGCAAUCAUCAUGUGCGUAUGCACCAGAGACAGUUGCUUUGGAUGUAGUGUCCACAGUCUCCAUUUUCUUGCCAGCAACAAUCUUCGCAAUUGCUGCCAAGUAUGAAAAGACGCAGCUUCACAAUGCAGCUGCCAUCACAGUAAAGAUGGAAGAGCGACCUGUCUUUGAAAUCAAUGCUGUGAAAGAACCUGAGGAAGCAGCCACCUGCAAUGGCAUCAGACUGAAGGCUGUGAUAUGCAGAAACUUUGGAAAGGACAAACAUUUCUCCAAGAUGUGCAGACCUGCCUCAUUGAAGGUGACAAUGCGACCUGGUGGCAAAGAAUACAUUGCCAAGCUUGGCCUCCAUCCUGACACGCCUUGAACAGGUGUAUAGUGUGCGAGCGGCAGAGCGGGAGAAGGACUCGCGGUGUUGUUGCUGUUGCUGCGUGAAGUGGCUUCACCCACAAAGCUUAUUGAGAUGACUCAUGAGCCAGAAGAAGCACAAAUUGUAAUGGUAAAUGAAGUGAGUGGAAACCUUGGACAGUCGCACGUAUCUCAAAGAGUGGUAAUGGAGGUUGUCCAGUUCCCAAAGAAGAAGCUGAUGCAAAGGGUGUUGAGUUUCACAUCAUCUCAGUUAGUCAGUCUAGUGGAUGAGGCAAAGGAGGAAAUCAAGGCCAUUUACGAUGAUAUCUGUAGAGAGAUGAGAAUCCUUGCAUGAGUUGAUUCUGAAUCCCUCGACAGCCCUGGCAGUGCCUUCAUGUCGGGGUCUACUGGAGUAUGGUCACAUAUGACUCAACUUCAACAUCACUUCAACAGUUUGGUUGAAGUGGAUCAGAAAUGGCAUGAACACAAACUAAGGGACGUUUCUGAAGUCCUCUAUGAAUGUGAGUUAAUUAUGUAAGGAGUAGUGCAGCUCUUGGAAGCUGGAGAGUUACCUGAACAAUUCGUGUCUGGGGAAAAUAUUGAGAACACUGAGAGUGUUCAGGAUUGUAAGAGGGAAGUGGAUGCAGUGCUGGCAAGAGUAUCUGAGGAGUAUGAAAGGCAUCAAGCACGUCAUACCAGGGUGGUAGCUACUCUCAAGAACGAUAUGAACAUGUGACAAGAAAUCAUGGAGACACCAGCUGUCCAAAGGAUCUUUACCCAUGUUAUGGAACAUCUCCACUCGGAGCGUGUGUUUGCUGAGGAAGCAGGAAGAAUUGCCAGCCACAUGCUCAAUGAAGUUCUGGUUUCAAUGGAAAGAGAAGGCAAACGGUAUGCAGUCCAAAUUCCCCUCCACCGGCACCUUGUAUUUCUCUGACGCAAGUGGGCCCAAGAAGCAGUGCAAAACCCCUGUCACAAUGCUGAGAACCUGAUUGCAUAGUUGAAUUACAUCCCCCAUCCCUGGCAGGACGCAAUCUGGGUACCUACUAAAAACUUCGCACGUUACAUAACGGACGUGCUGCACCACACGACAGCCACGGUGGUUGCGGCACCGGAAGAUCUCACCUUCAGCGGCAUAGUCGGUGCGAGCACCUCGUCGCCUUGCAAGGUUGUUCUGGCUGCUCACGACUCCCACCGCCUCAUGAUGUCCACCCACAAGCUCAGCCCGGCACAGCUAAUGAAGACACCAGCAGCCACCGUCAUGAUCACUGACUUUGAAGUCGUGGUUAAUGGCCAACUCGCGGGAUCCCAGCAAACUAUCGGAAACGUUAGGAUUGUGAACACAGCCAAGCACAUUGAGGUGGGAUGUCCCCUAAUGAAGGUCGUCGUUUCCAAGGCAGGCGAGGCCAUAGCUGUUGAGGCUUCAGGUUGGGUGUUUGGACGCGUAGCAGGGCUACUGGGUCCAAACAAUGGAGAAAUCGCCGAUGACCGCCUCAUGCCCAGCGGUGCAGCAGCCUCCAACCCCCGCGAUUUGAUAGCUGCUUGGCAGGAGGACCAACAGUGCUCCACCCCUGAGGUUCCUCGUGCAGAGACCUCAGUAGCUCGCCUGAUUCAGUGUGAAGCAUUGCUGGGGAUUCGCUCCAGGUGUAACCCAGUGGUUCACCCACAGCCAUUCAUUAAGAUGUGUCACGCUGCCCACAAGCCUUGCGAUGCCGCCCAAGCUUACAGAACCAUUUGUUCUCUGAGAGGAGUUGAAGAAGUUUUCCCUUUGGCAUGUUAACAACACCUGUUGACAUGUUUACAUAGCCUAAAUGUUGACUGACUCAUUCAGAUUUUGGAUUAAGUUAUAAAUAUAUUUUCAUAAUUCGGUGCAAAAAAGAA